GUCUCUUUCACUGUUGUUUAUUUUCUCUGAGUGCUGUGUGUUCGCGAGAGUGCUUUGUGUGGGACUUAACAACAACCGUUUGUAACAAUCUUACAAGAAUCAGACAAGGUCUGUGUUUGUGAGAGAUUGGAUUAGAGGUUAUGGUUGAAUUGGAAGACAGGUGAGAUUAGGGUUUCUUUGUAAUUCCGGGAGGAGCUGCGGAGCAAUUGAAUUACCUCGGUUGAAGCAAUCACAUAGCUUGGAUCGUUUAGGGUUUUCUCAUUGGGUGAAAGUUUCUAUUGGUUUUGGGAUUUGUGUUGGACUUGUUUGUAUUCGAGCUCAAUCUGAUGAUGAUGUGAGAGAAGCUUAAUCCUGGUGGCGAUUCUAGGGUUUUUCAAUGGCCAGCACAGGCGAGCCAGACCGUAAAAGGCGUCACUUUAGCUCAAUAUCACCCACAGAAGCAGCAGCCGCCGUCAAGAAACAGCAGUUCUUUUGGCCCUCCUCUGAGGACACGUAUGAUACUGCCGUUCUUCAGUUCCAAAAUCUGAAACUGUCACAAAAAUUAGAGGCUCAGCAGGCCGAGUGUUCUAUUCUUGAAGAUAAGCUUUCUCAGGUCAAGGAAAAACAACUACCAUACGGUUCCACUUUGAAGACUGUCCAUAAGUCUUGGCAAAAGCUUACAGCUGCAGUGGAAUCUUGCUCCGUUCGUGUGAGUGAUUCAAGCAGUGGAGCUCAUAGGUUUGUAAACAAGGAUGAUGGGUCAUCUAUGGCCGUGAAAGAUGAUUUCAUCAACCGGCUACUUGAAACUGGUGCGACUGAGAGCUCCUCAUCCAAUAUCUGCUCAAAUGGGAUGGAAGAAAAUAAAGUGAAUACGUCAAGUCAGCUGACGCAAACCUUGUCUAACCUAGUAGCCGCUACCGAUGAUUUGAGGUGUCUGAAGGAUGAAUUAUAUCCCUCAGCUCGCAGAACUGGUCUUGAUAAAGAUUUGUCCGGACAGUUAGAGCUGAAUGAAUUGGAACUAGAAAUUAAAAGUUUCAGGGUGGAUCUAGAUGAUGUGCUUGUGAAGUUCAAAUCACUUUCUAGAGAAUUGCAGAGCCAUCAUGAUGCUGAUGCUAAAGUCAGAGUAGACCUUAAACGAAUAAGAGGGGAGCUAGAGGAUGAGGUCGUGGAGCUUCAACAGUGUAAUGGUGACUUGUCAGCAUUGAGAGCAGAAAAAGAUGCGACAGCAGGGACGUUUUUCCCAGUGUUGAGCCUUGGAAAUAAGCUUGCUACCAGUGAUAAGGAAAGGGAUAAACAAAGAGAUCUGCAAGACAUGGAAACAGUUCUGAAGGAGUUAACGGUCCUGGCUUCAGACAGGCUACAAGAGCUAAAAGAUCUUCAUGAGGAGAGGACAAAAAUGCUUGAAAAAAUGAGUAAUGUACAGAACAAGUCAAAGUCUGUGAGGUGCAUCUCAUCUUCUAAAGCCUGCCUUUCUUUGAAAGACCAGCUUGAAAAAUCCAAAGCAGCAGUUUUCAAGUCUAUGGCUUUACUUGAGAAACUGCAGGUUGAAAAAGAUAGUAUUGUCUGGAGGGAAAGGGAGAUGAAUAUAAAAAAUGAACUUGUUGACGUUUCUAGAAGGACUUCUGCUGUUGCUGAUUCUAAAAUGGCUACUUUAGAUGUGGAGAUACAGAAACAACUGGAUGAAAAAAGUCGAAUCAAGACUAGGCUGGGGAAUAUAACAAAAGAGCGAGGUAGAAAAGAAAUCUUUGCAGAUAUGAAGGCAUUAAUUUCUUCCUUUCCAGACGAAAUGAGUUCCAUGCGAAGUCAAUUAGACAAUUAUAAAGAGACUGCUGGAGGUAUUCAUUCUCUGCGGGCUGAUGUGCAGUCCCUCUCUGGGGUUCUAUGUAGGAAGACAAGAGAGUGUGAAGCAUUGCAUUUGAGAUCAGCUGAUUAUGCUUCUCAGCUAGUUGACCUGAAUGCUACGGUUCGUGAUUUGAAGAACAGUCAUGAGGAGUUGAAGUUGUUUCUGGACAUGUAUAAACGUGAGUCCACUGAUCCAAGGGACAUAGCUGAAGCUAAGGAACAGGAGUACAGGGCUUGGGCUCAUGUUCAAAGUCUAAAAUCUUCCCUCGAUGAGCAAAAUUUAGAGUUGCGCGUUAAGGCAGCAAAUGAAGCGGAGGCAGUUUCCCAACAAAUGUUGGCUGCUGCCGAAGCUGAGAUUGCUGAUUUAAGGCAAAAAAUGGAUGAUUGUAAACGGGAUGUCGCAAAGCAGUCUGAUAUUUUGAAGUCUAAACAUGAAGAACAUGGAACAUAUCUUUCUGAAAUACAGACAAUUGGAAGUGCCUACGAAGACAUUGUACCACAGAACCAACAGCUUUUGCUUCAAGUUACAGAGAGAGAUGACUAUAACAUCAAGCUUUUCUUGGAAGGCAUAACUUCAAGGCAGAUGCAAGAUAUGCUGCUUAUUGAUAAAUAUAUCAUGGAUAAGGAUAUACAGCAAGGCAGUGCAUCUGCUAGUUUCUUAUCCAAGAAAACCUCUAGAAUUGAAGAUCAGUUGAGGUUCUGCACAGAUCAGUUUCAGAAACUAGCGGAAGAUAGAUAUCAAAAGUCUGUUACUCAUGAAAAUCUGCAAAAGAAACGUGCAGACAUUGGGAAUGGCUUGGAACAAGCUAGGUCAAGGCUGGAGGAGUCGCAUUCUAAAGUUGAGCAAAGUCGGGUGGAUUAUGGGGCAUUGGAGCUGGAACUGGAAAUUGAAAGGUUCAAUAAAAGAAGGAUAGAGGAGGAAAUGGAAAUCACCAAAAAGAAAGUUUCUCGUCUUCGAUCUCUCAUAGAAGGAUCAUCGGCCAUUCAAAAGCUCCGGCAAGAACUGGGUGAAUUCAAAGAAAUUCUAAAGUGUAAGGCCUGCAACGAUCGCCCAAAAGAGGUGGUGAUCACGAAAUGCUACCACUUGUUUUGCAACCCAUGUGUGCAAAAGCUCACUGGAACUCGACAGAAAAAGUGCCCGACAUGCUCAGCGAGUUUUGGACCGAAUGAUAUUAAACCUAUUUACAUCUGACGGAACCAAAACGCUCUGAGCAUGAUGUACGAUGAUGACACUGAGAACCACAGGGAUUUCUUCUCAUAUAGAUUAAAAAAAAACAUUAGAUCUCUCUCUCUCUCUCUGUAAUUAUUACCCUCGUUUUAUUGGGAAAGGUCAUGAGGAAUAAUAAUGACUCAGAGUUUUUGAGAAAAGAAAAAUACAUUUGUGGGAUUUUGAUCAUGUGAUAGAGAGAAUAGGUAAGAAUCUUUUUAACACUUGGUAGGGUUUAUGUCUUGGUGAUCCUUUAUUUUUGUUUUGUAAUUUGGAACAUGGCUUCCGCUAUUGAUUUUUAAAUAAACUCUUUUUUUUUUUUUAUUCCCAUUGUUGUAUCUAUCAGCCAGACGUGUGUUCUGUAAAUGUUCUACGAUUCUUUAUUUAGUAAACAUGUAGCAAAAUC